CCAGUUAUAUGCAACUAUUGAAUCCUUUAGAUAAGAUGCAUGAGUAUUCUUGGGUUACUGCGGUGGUCUCCUUCUUGAACAAUGAGUUGAUAAAGGGUUCUAGGGCACUCACUGCGCAAGUUAACGGAAACAUAUGUCUCUUCCAGGUUUGGAUAUAUGAGCACUUCUCUUCUUUGGUGAAAGCAAACUCCUACAUCAAAGUGGAUGCGAAUGUUGCGGUUGAUAAGCCAAUAACGCAAAGGUACAAUUUUAAGGGUACUCAGGAUAAGGAAAUGCCGCAAAAUCUUAUCAAACUCCGAAUCGCCAUCGACAAAUUUACUGCGGAGGAGGUGAUAUUUGAUCCGUAUCGAGAUGCUAGAAAUCAGGGUUUAAUCCAAAGGAGAGAUGAAGUUGCAUUAUACUAUGGACCCUUAUUGUUGACCACCACUGGAUAUUCAAUGUACGAUCCACAUCGGGUAAUGCGACUAUUUGGUUACAUCCAAGAAGAACCUCAUAUCGAUGAAGAUAAGUCGUUCUUUACUGUGUCAAGGGAUGACUGCACCACGUCCCAAAAAAUUAUUAACGUCUCUUACGCUCUAUCGCCAGCUCAAGAACAUCGGGACGGUAGACGUGGCCGUAACAUCGAUGUGACUCUUUUGGACGAGGUGACCACCGGUCAUGAAGCUAGUGAGAAAUACAUGACAUGGUACUUGGGUUGGGCUCGUCCUACUGUGAUUAGGUAAAUGACUGAUGAAGAUUUGGCUCGUAUGAGGAAGUUGGCAUCGAAAGACCCAGCAACAAGUCUUAAGUUCUUUAAGGAGCAUUUGAAGAGCCUUAUGAGGGUGAUGUGUUGCGCGAGAGAAAGAUGAGAGCCUUUGUCGAUUGAGGAGAAAAACAAGCACAUUGACUUUGCUAGCAAUGUUGACAAUGGGGA